AUGGACGGAGAUAAAGAACUGGAGAGGUCGCCGGUUGUACAAGUCGGCGAUGUGUCGAUGCGUUCGCCGCUCAUCCCCUGUCUCUUCUACAUACGCAGCUCCUCUGUUCUCUUCUGCUCCUGCUCCUGCUCUGCUUCACUAGACAUCAGGAACUGCACUGCUCCACUACAUAGCGGUGCUCCGCGAGAUCGUCCGCUCGUCACGGUGGCGAUCACGGUGCCCAUCUCGGUGGACACGAUCCCGCUGCUGAAAUGCGUGAAUGCGGCGACGGCGGCGGUCCCCAGCGUCGACCUGUCGGCGCCGGGCGCUGCGGCGGCCGUGGCGGACGCGUGCCGCGCCGUGGGCUUCUUCAGGGCGACCAACCACGGCGUGCCGGCCGCCCUCACGGACGCGCUGGAGGAACGCGCCGCGUCCUUCUUCGCGCUACCGCACAAGGACAAGAUGGACGCGUCGGCGCGGCCCUUCGGCUACGGCAGCAAGAACAUCGGCUGCAACGGCGACGUGGGCUGGCUCGAGUACAUCCUCCUAUCCGUCCGUUCCGGCUCCGUCGCGGCCGCCUCCCUGCCGCCGUCGCUCCGGGCUGCGCUUGAGGAGUACACCGACGCGGUUCGCGAGGUGGGAGCGCGGGUGCUGGAGCUCAUGGCGGACGGGCUCGGCGUCGCGGAGGAGCACCGCGGCGUGCUGCGGCGGAUGGUUGCGCCGGACGAUGCCGGAGGGGCUGACGAGAUGGUCCGCGUGAACCACUACCCGCCGUGUCCCUCGUCCCUGGCGGCGGGGCAGCGCGGCGUUACGGGGUUCGGGGAGCAUACGGACCCGCAGAUCAUCUCCGUGCUCCGGUCCAACCGCACCGCCGGGUUCCAGAUCAUGCUCCCAGACGGCCGCUGGGUCCCCGUGGCCCCCGACACUGAUUCCCUCUUCGUCAACGUCGGGGACUCCCUCCAGGUGCUGACGAACGGGCGGUUCCGGAGCGUGAAGCACCGGGUGGUGGCGCCGACGGAGGGGCAGCAGCCGCGGCUGUCGGUGAUCUACUUCGGCGGGCCGGCGCCGACGCAGCGGAUCGCGCCGCUGCCGGAGCUGAUGCGGGAAGGGGAGCAGAGCCUGUACAGGGACUUCACCUGGGCCGAGUACAAGAAGGCCGCCUACAAGUCCCGCCUCGGCGACCACCGCCUAGGCCCAUUCGAGCUACCCGCCGCAGCCACCGCCCAAGAAUCCACUACCAAGGCGGACCACUACUGCAGCAGUAACGCUGCCGUCCAGGCGCCGGCGGCGGCGCCUCACGUCGCACGAGUGCAUUAGCUAGCUUAAUUAAUCUUGCUCUUUGUUUAAUUAACCUAGCGUUUCAGACUUGGUAGGUCUGUAGGUGUCACUUUCUUUUGGGCAGCUCAAAACUGGCAUGCCCAAUCUUCCACUAAUAGCAUUAGUACUAGUAUCAUUCAGAAUUUCCAUGUACAUAUGUAGAUACCCUUUUUUGUUUGUUGCUUAGUUUUGUUAUGUACGCUCUCCCCGUUCUUAAACAUAAAUGUUUUAAAUGUUUUAUUAAAAGACUAUAUAAGAACAAAAUGAAUGAAUCUAUACUUUAAAUGUGUU